AUGAUUGAAAUGAUGAGAACACUAGGAAUUUUACUCUUGGUCGUCAUGCCAACAUUGAUCAACUCAUUGGCAAAUUGUCCAAAUGGUUGUGAAUGUAAUGAUGAUACAUUAGUUGUGACAUGUAAUGAAACCAAUUUAGAUGUAAUGCCGAUAGCCCUGAAUCCUUCGAUAAAGAAAUUGAUUAUGCGUAAAAAUAAAAUUAAGUCAAUUGAGUCAUCGAUACAAUUUUAUCCAGAUUUAGAAUUUUUAGACUUAUCAGAGAAUCACUUACUAAAACUCUUAUCAAAGACAUUUCAAUAUCAGAAAAAAUUAAUUGAAUUGAAUUUGGGACAAAACAAAAUAUCCCACAUUGAAUCGGAUACAUUUCAAGGACUAGAAAUGCUACAAAUAUUAAAUGUGAGAGGCAAUUUGAUAGAUGAAUUGAAAGACUAUGCAUUCCUCUCAUUAUCCAAUUUAGAGGAAUUAAAUUUAGGACAAAAUCGUAUUGCUCAAAUCGAUCCCGAUGCAUUUUAUCGUUUAUAUAACUUAAAAAUCUUAUAUCUUGAUGAUAACUCGCUCACUCAUGUUCCUGCAUUGUCAUUUCCACCGUUAACGAAUUUGGCUGAACUAUUUAUUGGUGUCAAUUCAUUCACGACUUUGGAAAAGAAUGCAUUUGAAAAACUAAAAAAGUUAACAACAUUAAGCUUAAAUGGUGCACAAUUGCAUAACAUUUCAUCGGGCGCAUAUACCGGCUUAGAGAGUUUACGAAUUUUAGAUCUAUCAAGUAAUCGUCUAACACGUAUACCAACAAAAGAAAUGUCGAUUCUAAGUCGCCUAGAAGAAUUAAAAAUUGGAAUGAAUGACUUUGAUAUAAUAUCAGAGAAGGCAUUCGAUGGACUGUCUAAUCUUCAUCAACUUGAAAUAAUUGGAGCCAAAAAGUUGGUUCGUGUUCAAAAUAAUGCAUUUAUAGAGAAUGGAAAUUUAAGAGUGAUUCGUCUAACAGAUAAUGAAGAGUUAUCUCAAUUUGAGUCUGCUGCAUUUCAUGGAUUGCCGUAUUUAAAGGAGUUAAUACUUAAAAAUAAUGCAAUAGAAUCGAUACGAGAAAAUCUAUACGAAUGGGAUAAUCUUCAAACGCUCGAUUUGUCUGAUAAUCCAUUACGAUGUGAUUGUCAUCUACUGUGGUAUAAAGCAUUUUUAAAUGCACGUAAUAGUCAUGCAAAUAAUAAUAAAGGAAAUAUCAUUGUCAAUAAUAAUAAUAAUAAUAAUAGUAAAUCUGAAAACAGCAGUAUUAGCAAUAGUAGCACAUCAAGCAGCAGUGUGAAUUUACCAAAAGCAAAUUCUGAUGAAAUCAAUUUUAAUCAUCAGCACAACAUCGUAUGUGCAUCGCCGCAAUUUGCCAAAGGAAAAGAGCUAGUAAAGCUCUCGGCUGAUUUAUUUGGAUGCACUCCGAAUUCGGAUCCAAAAACGCAAGCAAUCAUUUGUGGAUUACUUGUAAUAACGGCGGCAACAAUAACCGCCUUAAUUCUCCUUGCAUACAAAUGUCGUCGAAGAAAGUUCCGCAACGUAUUAAAGGAGAGCGGAUGGGAUAUUAGCAGUACAAUAGGGCGUAAAGAUCGUGAUUAUCAUAAAACAUAUGCUGCCCCACAAUACAUCGAUACAAUGCGAAAACACACAAUGAGCGCAUCUCCAUCACAUUGCAGUAUCCCUGGUGCCAAUAAUUACCAGCAAUAUCCAAUGAUUCCUAUCACUGAACUAUAG